AUGAUCAAAGUCCUCAUCUCCCUCAGUGUGUUGGCCGCUGCCGCCACGGCUGGCUCCGUCACGGAACUCCCCGAGUCUGUGACCAAGCUCAUCGACUACUCCGUCAAUCCCUGCGACGACUUUUACCAAUAUGCGUGUGGUGCGUGGCAAAAGGAUGCUGUUAUACCCCCGGGCAAACACAAAAUCGAUACGUCAUUCACCAAGAUCUCCAUCCAAAACGAAGCCAUAUUGAGGAAGAUUUUGUCUGACAACAAGACCAAGCUUGGUAAGUUUUACAAUUCCUGUUUGGACACGGCUACGCUAUCGUCGCUCGGCCUGACUCCGCUGGAGGACGCGUUCAAAGCCAUUCGGUCGGCCAACACCACGUUGGACCUCCUCAUCGUGGCUGGUGAAUUGGUCAAGAACGGCAUCCCUGCGUUCGUGGACAUCUACUCCAGCGCUGACGACAACGACUCGACCAAGAACGCCCUCUUCGGUUUCCGAGCCCCACUGUCGCUGGAUCGCCCGUACUACACCACCCGUUCCAAGUGGGAGACCGUCGAAGCCGACUACAAGGUGUACAUUGCGACGGUGUUGCAGCUAGCUGGCUACACUGCUGAGAAAGCGGCGGCUGCCGUACCGGUGAUCAUCCGUUUCGAACAAACUCUAGCCGGUGUCGCCCUCAGGGAGCUCAAGGAGAUGGAGGCCGUUGUGUCUCCGUAUACUGCGUUUACGUACAGCCAACUAGACCAGAAGUAUCCGCUGCUCAUCGGCUCGUGGCUCAAGGCCAACGGCUUCAAAGUCCACGAAGAGGGCGGUGGGUCGAACGACUGGGUGGGGUUUCACGGCUUGAACUACUUUGACAAGGCCGAAGUGUUGUUGAAGAACACGACGCUGGACAACCUCCGUACCAUCAUCGAGUACAAGCUCAUCCAUGCCUCGUCGAAGUACUUGACCCCUGAAUUCCGCACGGCCAACUGGAACUUAUUCGGCAAGAGAAUCGAUGGCGAAAAGAUGGAACCUUCUCGUGAAAAGUUCUGCAGGUAUGACACGGAGGAAACCGUGGGGGAUCUCUUGGGUCAGUACUUCUUAGACGAGGUGUUGUCGGCUGAUGCGGCAAAGAUGGCUGACGAAUUGGUCAAGGCCUUGAGGUCAUCCUUCUCCACUGGCAUAGCCACUGCCGACUGGUUGGACAACUGGACCCGCGCUAAUGCGCAAACGAAGCUGUCCAAGCUCGUACACUUGUUGGGUGGCCCGGAGAAGCCGCAGCUGUACCCCACGCUGACGUUUGACUCGAAGUCGUAUUUGAACAACCGGUGGAAGGUGUCUCAAGUGAACAUCGACACCAACUUGAAGCUGAACGGCCAACUUGUGGAGAGGCGCAAGUUCGACAAGUCCCCUCAUGAGGCGAACGCGUACUACUGCCCCAGCAAAAACCAAAUUACGCUCCCGGCCGGCAUUUUGCAAAGCCCGCUCUUUGACGGCCAGUUUGACGCUGCCCAGAACUUUGGUGCCAUCGGGAUGCUCAUCGGACACGAAAUUACCCACGGGUUCGACAACCGCGGCCGCAAUUAUGAUGGCGACGGCAACUUGAAACAGUGGUGGUCGAACGCCACCAACACUGCUUUCAAGACGAAAUCCCAGUGCAUUGUCGACCAGUACGCCAACUUUGUCGUCAAGAGCGAUGUGAAUGGCUCUGCCUUGGGCAACGUCAACGGCAAGAUCUCUUUGGGUGAAACCAUUGCGGACAAUGGGGGGCUCAAGACCAGUUUCCGCGCGUACCACGAGUACUUGAAGGAGUUCCCGUCCCAGUACACGGCAGAAGCAGGCGACAAGUUGUUCUACUUGUCAUACGCCCAAUCCUGGUGCUCCAAGAGCACGGAUGCCUCCCUCCGCGCGACUUUGUGGAGGAAGUACCCGCCAGGUCGAUACCGCGUGAAAGGGGCGUUGCAAAACAACGCUGAGUUUGCCCGUGUGUUCCAGUGCCCCAUCGACUCGACCUUGAAUCCGUCCAACAAGUGCUUGUUGUGGGAAUAG